GUGUAGUGGAGGUCCUAGCAAUAGCGCAUUCAGUCACUUGCUUAAGGCCUCUUGAAGAUGCAAACGUUCGGUUGGGUACUUGUCCUCGUUGCAGCCUCGCUGCUAACGGUUUAUAGCGUAGAGGCUGGAUGUCCGGAUGGCACUUCCGGGCAGAACUGCGAAAGUUGCUCAGGAUUCCUUUGUGACAACGGUAAGUGCAUUCCUGAAGAAUGGAAAUGUGACGGCGACGGUGAUUGCUCUGAUGGCGAAGAUGAACUUAAGGAUUGUCCCGUACCUGACUGCGACGAGGAAACGUUUUUGUGCAAGCCAUUGAACAUAUGUUUGUCCAAACGGUACGUUUGCGACAUGAACGCUGACUGUCCCGACGGGUCCGACGAAGCCGACUGCGAAACUCGUCCUUGCGACGGCUUCAAAUGCAACAACUUCAAGUGCAUUAACGGCGACUUUAAAUGUGAUGGCGACGACGACUGCAAAGACGGUUCAGACGAAGAGAAUUGCCCUGUUCCGGAAUGUGAUGACCCAAAGUUGCUCUGCGAACCCAUGAAGAAGUGUCUUCGGGAAGCGCAUAUCUGCGAUAAACGCAGCGACUGCCCAGAUGGCUCAGAUGAACAAAAUUGCGAGGAAUACGACUGUGGAGAGUGGAGAUUCAAGUGCGCUAACAACAAGUGCAUCAAUAAAGACUACGAGUGUGAUGGAGACGAUGACUGUACUGACGGGUCUGACGAAGCCGACUGCGAAACUCGUCCUUGCGACGGCUUCAAAUGCAACAACUUCAAGUGCAUUAACGGCGACUUUACAUGUGAUGGCGACGACGACUGCAAAGACGGUUCAGACGAAGAGAAUUGCCCUGUUCCGGAAUGUGAUGACCCAAAGUUGCUCUGCGAACCCAGGAAGAAGUGUCUUCGGGAAGCGGAUAUCUGCGAUAAACUCAGCGACUGCCCCGAUGGCUCAGAUGAACAAAAUUGCGAGGAAUACAACUGUGGAGAGUUGAGAUUCAAGUGCGCUAACAACAAGUGCAUCAAUAAAGACUACAAGUGUGAUGGAGACGAUGACUGUUCUGACGGGUCUGACGAAGCCGACUGCCCUCUGCUCGAGUGCGAAGACAGCCGUCAACUCUGUGCACCUAGGUUUAGGUGUCUUGACGCAACGGAUAUCUGCGAUGCAACUAAAAACUGUCCGGACGGGUCUGACGAGCUAAACUGCGAAGAGUACGAAUGCGGCGAAGAAAGGUUCAAAUGUGCUAACCACAAGUGUAUUAAGAAAGCGUUCAAAUGCGAUGGAGACGAUGAUUGCGGCGAUGACUCUGAUGAAGAAGGCUGUCCCGUGCCCGAAUGUACCGAAGGCCAAUUCCUGUGUCUACCAAGAAAGAAAUGUUUGGCAAGGUCCGACGUGUGUGACCUCGACGUAGAUUGUCCAGACGGUUCCGACGAACAGGACUGCGAAAACUACGAAUGCGAGGGCUACAAGUGCAACAACAACAAGUGCGUGAACAGCGCGUACGUCUGCGACGGGGAUGAUGACUGCGGCGACAACUCUGAUGAAACAAAUUGCACAAAUUAACGUAAUAAUAAACUGAUUUCUACUGUAAUUUCCAAUGUUCUGUUCGUGAAUUGGACUUUACAUGGCUCAUUAGCGAACACGCUAUCGCUGGGACUUUAUGUACCGAAAUAACCCCAUGCUGUGCUGAAUAAAUAUUAAAAACAGGA